UCCUACACUCUUACCAUAUCUCAAUCAAUUCACUAUUCCAUUAGAAGAUAAAGAGGACAAAUUGAUAUGGAUCCAUAAUGCUCAUGGCGAGCUCACCCUCAAAGAUGCAUACUCCUUUUUCACAACUUCAGGUCAAAAAGUUAGCUGGGCAAAAUCUCUUUGGAACAUAGCUAUUCCUCCUUCCAAGUCUUUUAUGGUUUGGAGAUUAUUCCAUCAUAAGAUGCCUACAGAUGAAAUUCUUGCUGUUAGAGGAAUACAGCUGCCUUCUAUGUGUUGUUUGUGCAACAAGGAUUCUGAAACUACCAACCAUCUGUUUCUCGAAUGUCACAAGUGGUAAUUGGAACCCUCAAUGCAAAAUCACAAUUACUGCUGUUGUUAUUUAUAUAUUGAACUACAUUUGGCUUAGUAGAAACAAUUUGAGAUUCAAAAAUAUCAAGCCAAAUUUCAAUUCAAUUACCUCUUUGAUAAUUGCCAAUGUUUCAUUAGUUGGUAAUUGCUCUAGAUUGACUGCUGGUUCUUCUAUUACUGAUUUUGAAAUUUUGAAGUUUUUUAAGAUUGAAAUUCAUCAAUCUAGACCUGCUAAAAUUGUUGAAGUUUUGUGGUCUCCUCCACUAAAUGGAUGGUACAAAUGCAAUACUGACGGAACUUCAAUGGGAAAUCCAGGGCCAGCUGCUUGUGCUGGAGUUUUUCGAAAUUACAAGGGUGAGUUUCUUGGUUGUUUUGCAAAAAAUCUUGGAAUAGCUAAUGCUUUAUUUGCUGAAAUCAUGGGAGUUAUUAUAGCUAUUGAAUGUGCUUUUGAGAAAAAUUGGAAGCAGCUUUGGUUAGAAUGUGAUUCUAAGUUAGUUGUUUUAGCCUUCAAAUCCCCUCAUGUAAUUCCUUGGCAAUUAAAGAAUCGUUGGCUGAAUUGCAUCACAAAGAUAAAAAAUAUGAGUUUUUGUAUCUCUCAUAUUUAUAGGGAAGGGAACCACUGUGCUGAUAAACUUGCCUCUUUUGGUCUUGCUUUGAACGAUUAUGCUUGGUGGAAUAUUUCUCCUAUCAUCAUUAGAGAGGAUCUUGAUAGAAAUAGGCUCGGCCUCCCGUUUUUUAGAAUAUGUUAAUGUUGUUUGAGGGUUUGGUUUGGUCCCCCCUCUUUGUACUCCACUUUUCUUUUCUAUA